GUCCUUCCUGCAUCAGGACCGGCAAGAUGGCAGCGGACACGCAGGUUUCAGACACGCUGAAGAAGUUUGCUUUAAAAGUGACUACAUCCAGUGUGAAAGAGCGCAAGGAGAUAUUUGGAGAGCUGAAACAGUGUACAAAGGGGAAAGAGUUACCAGAGCCUGCCAUCAAAGGACUGUGCAAGCUCUUCUGUCUCACUCCACACAGAUAUCGAGAUGCUGCAUCCCGCAGAGAGCUCCUCUCUGUCAUUGGCCAGCUGGCUGACAGUCAGCCUGACAUCCUGGUCACCAGUCUCCUCCACUCCCUCCUCAACAGUGGAGUCGUCAACAAAACUGGAGAGCCCAGUAAAAGCACAGGCUCCUCUGCCUUCAUCGGCUUGUCAUGGACGUGCCUGUUAGUGCCAAUCGUGUUUUCAACCCCAGAGAAAAGAGAAGGAGCUGUCUGGAAGAAAAUGGUGGAGGUUCAGAGCCUCCUUGUUGCUGAGGUAGUGGGUGGAGCCAAAUCUACGGCUAAGAAAUCAAGCCUUAAACAUCUCAGUCAACUCUGGGAGAAGAACUCUGGCCUGGUUGAUCAAUACAUCAGCACUCUGUUGAGUCUGGACCAGAGCCCGAAUACACUGGCCAUGCUGGGUGUGUGUUUAGACUUCUGCACAGCUCAGAAAGACAAAGCUGCAAUAGAGAAGUAUAAGAGUGCCAUGCUGGACCUGUACAUCAAGUCAGUCCUUAUGAGCAAGACGAAACCUCAACAGCACAUUCUGGACAAAAGCGGCUCCCUGCUGCGUCACAUCUCCCACCCCGAGUUCAAGGAGCAGCUGCUGCCCACCUUGCAGAAGACCAUGCUCCGCAGUCCUGAGAACGCCAUGCAGACCGUUUCCUGCCUGCUGUCCACUGUGACUCUGGAUCUCAGCCAGUAUGCCAUGGACAUCGGAAAGGCCAUCGCAAGCCAGCUGAAAGCCAACAACGCCCAGCUGAUGGAGGAGGCAGUGCAGGCCAUGCAGAACCUGGCCCAGCAGUGCAGCGACCCCACCGCCGUGCAGGACAUCGUCACCCACCUCUUCAAGAUACUCGGAGGCUCCGAGGGGAAGCUGACAGUCGUCGCCCAAAAGAUGAGCGUGUUGUCAGGAAUCGCCAGCUGCAGCCAUCAUGCCGUGUCAGGAACCUCCAGCCAGACUCUCAGCUCUGCAGUCGCUGUGAUGUUCAUCCCUUAUUUACAGCAAGAAGUUCACGAGGGCACCCUGGUGCACGCCGUGUCCGUUCUCUCCCAGUGGAGCAGCCGCCUCACCGUGGAAGUUCCCUCCGCUCUGCUCGACUGGUUAAAGAAGGCGUUCACCCUCAAGACCUCCACCUCCCUGGUUCGCCACGCCUACCUUCAGGCCAUGCUGGGAGCUUUUAAAGGCGACACCAUGGCCCAGGCCUCAGACCUCAUGCCCCUGCUCCUCCAAACAGUGGAGAAGGCCGCGGCUCAGAACUCCCAGUACGCCCUGCUGUCAGAAGGUGUCGCUGCUUCCGUUCUCCUGAGUCGGCUGGCUCUGCUGGACACAGUGCCAGAAGCGAAAUUCUCCAGCUUUUGGAACCUGGUGUUAGAUGAGAAGAAGCCGCUGUUCACUACAGAAAAGUUCCUCUCCCAGGCCAAUGAAGAAACUCUGCUCACAGUGCUGCUGCUCUGUGAGAGGCUUUUCUUGGACCACUCCCACAGACUCAACACCAGCAAAUCACAGAUGUACCACCACGCCACAGUUGCGGUCCUGUUGUCUCGGAGCUGGCGCGUGAGGAAGCGAGCUCAGCAGAUGGUCAGGAAGCUGCUCUCCUCUCUGGGUGGAUCCGGCCUCGCCCACGGUCUGCUGGGAGAGCUGCGAGUGGUCAUCAACAAACACAAAGUUUUGCCUCAGGAAGUCCUGGUGUCAGAGUCAGGAGAGCCGGGCGAGUUGGGCCGGAACUACAUCCUUCCACGUGUCCUACUGGACGCGCUGUGUGUCGUCUGCUCCUCCGCCAACCAAUGGGGCGACCCCGUCGAAGCAGAGAACUUAGCCAUGGAGAUCCUUAUAGUCACUCAUCAUCCAUCCAUCGUUGAAGCUCGCCGUGGACUGUGGCCCAUCCUGCUCUCCUCCAUGAACAUAAAAGCAGAGGAGUUUAUCGAAAAGAAAUUGGAAGAUAUUCUGCCACAUCUGCUGGAGGUCAACGCGGAUAACCAGGCCGUGAAAAAUGCUGUGGGCGCCCUCUCCAGCCUCUCCCCAAACAAGCUGUUACCGCGUGUUAUCAGCCAUGUGAUGGAGGGGCUGUCCCGCCCCGCUCUGCUUCAUGUGACCAGGGAAGAGUACGCCAUCAUGCUCACACCUGAGGGAGAACUGUACGACAACAGCAUCAUUCAGAGCGCCCAGAAGGAAAGCACCAAGAAGGUCAACAUGAAGAGAGAGAACAAGGCCUACUCCUACAAGGAGCAGAUCAUUGAACUGGAAUUACAAGAGGAGAUGAAAAAGAAAAAAGGAAUCAAGGAUGAGGUGCAGCUGACCAGUAAGCAGAAGGAAAUGAUGCAGGCCCAGCUGGAGAAGGAGUCGUCCGUACGCAAGAGACUUCAAGGGCUGGAUGUGGAGUUGCAGAGUGUGGUGGGACUACUGGAAGCCACUCUGAUAGAGAGACCGCCUCAGAUCACCUGGGAGCUCCCCUCCGUCCUCCAGGUCCUAAUGCCUCUGCUGAAUUCCCCUCUGGCUGCUCCACGCAUCCAGCAGGUCUUCUUGGACAUCGGAGUCUGCCUCAUGCCCCAGCAGCUCCAGCAUCUGGCUGUGCUUGUGGGACACGUGACUUUGAGGUUGCUGAAGCCAGAGUGCGACCUGGACGAGGCCUGGGGACAGGAAGACCUGGACACAGCAGCCAACCGCACUGUGUUACUGCUGCACAACUACACUGUCCCUCAGAGAGAGGGCAAGGCAGAUGCGGCUCCACUGUCUGCCCCAGCGUUCUCCGUCUGCUUCCCUCUCCUCAACGCCAUGCUCAGGGAGUCUUCAGGCGCCACAGAGGAGACGGAGGCCAUAAUGACAAGAUCUCUGCAAAUCAUCAACGAACAUUCUCAGCUGCGGGCUAAGACGGAUGACGGCAUUACUAUAGAUGAGACCGGCCCAGAACUGCUGCCACGUGUCUCUAUGCUGCUGCUGCUGACCAGAAUCAUCUCCACUGCCACCCCAAGACUCCAGGUGUUAGCGUCUCAGUGUCUGACUGCGCUGUGUGCCAGCGCUGGAGGAGGUGAAGGCUGCACUGUGGCAGAGCAGCCAGAAAUAGACGUCCUGCUCGAAGCCCUACUCUCGCCCUGCUUCUCUGUCCGUGAUGCUGCUCUCAGGGGAUUGUUGGAGAUGGAGUUUGCCCUGCCUACAGACAGCACAGAGUCCAGUGGACUGAGUUUGCUGCGCAGGCUUUGGGUCGCCAGGUUUGAUGUUGAGGAAGAGGGACGAGCCUUGGCUGAGAGGCUCUGGGAGUCUCUGGAUCUGGAGCUUGUCCCUGAACUCUGCUCGCUGCUGAUCGGAGAUGUCACCCAUCACGAGGAGGCCGUCCGCACUGCUGCGGCCGACGCUCUGUCCAGUGCCGUGUCCCAGUACAGAGACCAGUCUCCUACAGUGCUCGGCCAGCUCACUGAGCUCUACCACCAGAAACUUUAUAGACCACCUCCUGUGCUGGAUGCCCUGGGUAGAGUCAUUUCUGAAGCUCCACCUGACCAAUGGGAGGCCAGGUGUGGCAUCGCUCUGUCUCUGAACAAGUUGUCCCAGUACCUGGAAGAAUCUCAGGUCACCCCUCUCUUCCUCUUCUUUGUCCCCGAUGCUCUGAAUGACCGCCACACUGAGGUGCGGCGCUGCAUGUUGGACGCUGCCCUCUCAGCUCUCAACACACAUGGAAAGGACAACGUGAGCUCCCUGCUGCCAGUGUUUGAGGAGUUUCUGAAGAACGCCCCCCAGGACGCCAGCUACGACUCUGUCCGUCAGAGCGUGGUCAUUCUCAUGGGCUCUCUGGCCAAACAUCUGGACAAAAACGACCCCAAGGUCAAACCCAUUGUGGCCAAAUUGAUCACGGCACUCUCUACACCUUCACAGCAGGUCCAGGAGUCUGUGGCCAGCUGUUUGCCUCCACUAGUACCCGCCAUCAAGGAAGACGCCGCAGGAAUUGUAAGGAACCUGCUGCAGCUGCUGCUGGAGAGCGACAAGUACGCAGAGAGGAAAGGAGCGGCGUACGGAUUGGCUGGCCUUGUCAAAGGUCUCGGAAUCCUGGCGCUCAAACAGCAGGACAUCAUGACCACGCUGACCGACGCCAUCCAGGAUAAGAAGAACUUCAGACGGAGGGAAGGGGCACUGUUUGCCUUCGAGAUGCUGUGUAACAUGUUGGGGAAGCUGUUUGAGCCGUACGUGGUCCAUGUGCUGCCACACCUCCUGCUCUGCUUUGGAGAUGGAAACCAAUACGUCAGAGAGGCUGCAGAUGAUUGUGCCAAGGCUGUGAUGAGGAACCUGAGCGCCCACGGUGUGAAGCUGGUCCUCCCCUCUCUGCUGGUGGCCCUGGAGGAGGAGUCCUGGAGGACUAAAGCAGGCUCGGUGGAGUUGCUUGGCGCCAUGGCUUUCUGUGCACCCAAGCAGUUAUCCUCCUGUCUGCCCAGCAUCGUGCCCAAGCUGACAGAGGUGCUGACCGACUCCCACGUGAAGGUGCAGAAGGCCGGCCAGCAGGCCCUCCGACAAAUCGGCUCCGUCAUCCGUAACCCUGAAAUUCUCGCCAUUACCCCCAUCCUGCUGGACGCUCUCACCGAUCCCUCCAAGAGGACUCAGACCUGCCUGCAGACGCUGCUGGACACCAAAUUCGUCCACUUCAUUGACGCUCCCUCUCUGGCUCUGAUCAUGCCCAUCGUGCAGAGAGCCUUCCAAGACCGCUCCACGGACACUCGCAAGAUGGCCGCUCAGAUUAUCGGCAACAUGUACUCCCUCACUGACCAGAAGGAUCUGUCACCCUACCUGCCCAGCGUCAUUCCUGGACUGAAGGCCUCUCUGCUGGAUCCAGUGCCUGAGGUGCGUACAGUCUCAGCUAAAGCCCUGGGCGCCAUGGUGAAGGGAAUGGGCGAAUCCUGCUUCGACGACCUGCUGCCAUGGCUCAUGGAGACUCUGGCCUCCGAACAGAGCUCCGUGGAUCGCUCCGGAGCUGCUCAAGGUCUGGCCGAGGUGAUGGCCGGACUGGGAGUGGAGAAGCUGGACAAGCUGAUGCCAGAUGUGGUGCAGACUGCCAGCAAGGUGGACAUCGCUUCUCACGUCAGAGACGGUUACAUCAUGAUGUUCAUCUACCUGCCCCUCACCUUCGGAGACAGGUUUACUCCCUAUGUUGGGCCCAUUAUCCCCUGCAUUCUCAAGGCUCUGGCUGAUGAGAAUGAAUAUGUGAGAGACACAGCAUUGCGAGCCGGGCAGCGCAUCAUCAGCAUGUACGCCGAGACCGCCAUCGCACUGCUGCUCCCUGAACUGGAGCAGGGCCUGUUUGAUGACCUGUGGAGAAUCAGGUUCAGCUCUGUGCAGCUGCUCGGAGAUCUGCUGUUCCACAUCUCCGGAGUGACAGGAAAGAUGACCACAGAAACAGCGUCUGAGGAUGACAACUUUGGAACUGCAGCAUCCAAUAAAGCUAUUAUUUCGGCUCUGGGUGGUGAGAGACGUAACCGCGUCCUCUCUGGCCUCUACAUGGGUCGUUCAGACACCCAGCUGGUGGUUCGACAGGCAUCCCUCCACGUGUGGAAGAUCGUGGUGUCCAACACUCCCCGAACCCUUAGAGAGAUCCUCCCAACCCUGUUCACCCUGCUGCUUGGAUUCUUGGCUUCCACCUGCCCUGACAAGAGAACGAUCGCUGCUAGGACACUGGGAGAUCUGGUGAGGAAGCUGGGAGAGAAGAUCCUCCCAGAGAUCAUUCCCAUCCUGGAGGAGGGGCUGCGCUCCGACAAGAGCGACGAGAGGCAGGGCGUCUGCAUCGGCCUCAGUGAGAUCAUGAAGUCCACCAGCAAAGAUGCGGUGCUGGUCUUCUCCGAGUCCCUGGUCCCCACGGUGAGGAAGGCUCUCUGCGAUCCUCUGGAGGAGGUCCGAGAGGCCGCCGCCAAAACCUUCGAGCAGCUCCACGCCACCAUCGGUCACCAGGCGCUGGACGACAUCCUGCCGACCCUGCUCAAACAGCUGGAUGAUGAGGAGACAGCAGAGUUUGCUUUGGACGGUCUGAAGCAAGUCAUGGCUGUGAAGAGUCGCUCCGUGCUGCCUUACUUGGUUCCAAAGCUGACUGCUCCUCCUGUGAACACCCGUGUGCUCGCCUUCCUGUCCGCCGUGGCCGGAGACGCUCUGACGCGUCACCUCGGAGUCAUCCUUCCCGCCCUGCUCUCCUCCCUCAAAGGAAAGCUGGGAACAGAGGAUGAAGCUCAGGAGCUGUGCAGCUGUCAGACAGUGAUCCUCUCUGUGGAGGACGAAGUGGGCCAGCGCAUCAUCAUCGAGGACCUGCUGGAGGCCACGCGAGGCAGCGACCCCGGCCUCAGACAGGCCGCCGCAACCAUCCUCAACGCCUACUUCGCCCGCACCCGUCUGGACUACAGCGCCCACACACGCACCCUGCUGUCAGGCCUCAUCCGCCUCCUCAACGACUCCAACACAGAGGUCCUGUCUCAGAGCUGGGACACCAUCAACUCCAUCACCAAGAAACUGGAUGCAAGCAGCCAGCUGGCUUUGAUUGACGACCUGCAUCGAGACAUCAGAUCAGCAGCUGCAGAUGUGAAGGGUCAACACCUGCCUGGUUUCUGUCUGCCCAAGAAGGGUGUCGUUUGUAUCCUGCCUGUCCUGAGAGAGGGUGUCCUAACCGGUAGUCCUGAGCAGAAAGAAGAAGCAGCCAAAGCUCUGGGAGGGGUCAUCAAACUGACCUCCCCCGAAGCCCUGCGGCCCUCCGUCGUCAACAUCACCGGACCGCUCAUUCGUAUCUUGGGCGACCGCUUUGCCUGGACGGUGAAAACGGCUCUGCUGGAGACUCUCACCCUGCUGCUGGCAAAGGUGGGCAUCGCUCUGAAGCCCUUCCUGCCACAGCUGCAGACCACCUUCCUGAAGGCCCUGCAGGACUCCAGCCGCGGCGUGAGGUUGAGGGCCGCCGAGGCUCUGGGCCAGCUGGUUUCUAUCCACACCAAGGUCGACCCACUCUUCACAGAGCAGCUCUCUUCUAUCCGCAAUGCUGAGGACUCAGGAGUCAGGGAGACCAUGCUUCAAGCCUUAAGGUUCGUCAUCCAGGGGGCCGGGUCAAAAGUGGAUCCAGCCAUCCGCAAGAACAUCACCACCACAUUACUAGGCAUGCUGGGACAUGAUGAGGAUGCAACUCGAAUGGCUUCAGCUGGCUGCAUUGGUGAGAUGUGCGCCUUCCUGUCAGAGGAGGAGCUGAGGAGUGUGUUACUUCAGCAUGUCUUAGCCGACGUGUCUGGUGUGGAUUGGAUGGUGCGUCAUGGGCGUAGCUUGGCCUUGGCCAUAGCUGUCAAGUGUGCACCUGAGAAGCUGUGCACAAAGGAAUACAGUGAAAAUGUGACUGAGACUAUUUUAACCAACGCCACUGCUGAUAGGAUUCCCAUCGCGACCAGUGGCAUUAGAGGGAUGGGCUUCCUGAUGAGGCAUCAUCUGAGAACAGAGGGAGCCAACAGUGUUUCCCAGCGCAUCAUAACACAGUUUGUGAAGUGUCUUCAGAACCAGUCCAGCGACAUCAGACUGGUAUCAGUGCGGGUGCUGUGGUGGGUGUUCAAAGACCCAGCUACGCCCAGCAUGGAGGCCAUUCACAUCAAGCCGCUGCUGAAGAGUCUGCUGGACAACACCAAGGACAAGAACACCAGUGUCAGAGCCCAGAGCGAACACACCAUCGUCAACCUGCUCCAACUGCGCCAGGGAGAGGAAACCAUGCAGACCGUCACUGCCAUCCUGGACUCCGCAAGUAACGACCUGCUGUCAGAGUGUCACCGCCGAUCUCUGAAGAAAAUCGCCAGCAUGCCGGACUCCAAUGAAGAAGUAGACGACACCAUCCUAACGUGAUGGAGCACGGACUGAGUCGUGAAAAGAACCUCUGCGGAAAAUCAGCAGAAGAUUGACUUACGUGUUAUACAAAUCUCCGCUGUAUGACAACCCCAGACACACUCACCACACAUGCCCACGUUGCCCUUCAUGGACAAAAGGCUGAAAAUGGGUAGUGUUGUGACUGUUUGUUCCAAAUAUUCCCCCAAAAAUUCCUUUUUUUCUUUUUUUCCCCCUCCUUUACUUUUGCUCUAUUGUUUUAACGGCCUUUAAUUGCCAAUUUAUAACUUUUUUUUAAUUUUAGCCACGAGCCCAUGUAGGUUAUUCUCUUGUACUGUCAGAACGAAAAGGCCAAUUCUGUUUUGACUUAUCAAUGUGUUUUCACUUAUUUUACCAAAAUGAUUUGGAAGAUUUAUGACGAUACUGUAACAGAACAUCGACCCCUUUAAUUCAGUUUUAUUUGGACUUUGUGUGUGAGAGUUGUUUGGGGGGGGGCACAACCUCUUAUAAGAAUAAAAAUCAUUCUUGUCAGUAAUACGGUUGUAAAAAGGCAAUAAAAAAAUAAAAAGAUCACGAUUUC